ACAGAGUAAGAGUCCGAGGCACAUGAAGAAAGAUACUUUGGCCGUCAAGUAACGUUUCUCACCGUCAUUUUCACUUUCUCAUUCCGUGGCGUCUGGAUGGCGCUUUCUCCCUCACCGGUCGACGUUCGUCAAACGUAAAAUGUAAAUACAACUAAAUUUUUGAUAUCAAAUACAAGCAGAUAGUUGAGACUCUAUGUUGUCUUUGAAUAAGUGAAAACAACAUCCUGGUAUCUUCCACCAAUAUUGAUUUUGGGAAUAGACCUUGUUCCAUUGCAGCAAAUUUAUUUUCAGUUGAAGAAUUUGUCUACAUUGCAAAUGAUUAUGUAUGAGCAAGAUCCAGAGGUUCUUCAGUGGGGUCUCCAACUUUUUGAAAGUGAUCCAUACUAUAAUUGCGCCUAUGGUGACACUAUUUCACCAGAUGAAGUGGACUAUAACAAUGGACAGCAUUUUGGCGACGAUCAUUAUGAUACUGAAUGUUGCAAUGUAGAAUAUGAUGAGCUUAUUGCUCGUGCUCUUCAAGAAGAACUUUCACAACUUGCAGUUGUUGAAGCACCUGAGUCUCCAUGUGGAGAGGAAGACAACCUGCAAGUACCUGAUUUUCAAGAAGAGUGGCUUACCCAGUCUGUGGCAAACUAUUAUUCUGGUCAGGAGAGUGGCCAGGAAGAGGCAGAUGAUAUACAAGCUUCUAGUUUAUGCUCUAGCCCUGAAGAACAGUCAGACUAUGGAGAGUGGUCAUAUCCGCUAGAGCAGACAGAAGAGUAUGCUCUCAAUAAUGAAGUUGAGAAAAGGUUGAAUCAGAUGGUGCCUGUUCCUCAUGUUCCUAGAAUUAAUGGAGAAAUACCAUCUAUCGAUGAAGCAACUUUGGACCACCAAAGGCUACUGGAGAGAUUGCAGCUAUAUGAUUUGGUUGAAUGCAAAGUUCAAGGAGAUGGGAACUGCCAGUUUCGUGCUUUAUCAGAUCAAAUUUAUCGAACUCCUGAUCACCAUGAAUUUGUCAGACAACAAGUUGUAAAUCAGCUCAAGUCUUAUCCAGAGAUGUAUGAGGGAUAUGUUCCUAUGGCCUAUGGUGACUAUUUGGAGAAGAUGUCCAAGAGUGGUGAAUGGGGCGAUCAUGUCACUUUGCAGGCCGCUUCAGAUUUGUAUGGUGUGAAAAUAUUUGUAAUAACGUCUUUCAAGGACACUUGCUAUAUUGAGAUUCUCCCAAAUGUUGAGAGGUCAAAUCGAGUAAUCUAUCUGAGCUUUUGGGCAGAAGUACACUACAACUCUAUAUGCCCACCAGGAGAUGAGCCUGAAUUUGAGACCUAGAAGAAGAAAAGAUGGCGAUUGUUUCGAAAUAAGCAAUUGUCACCAAAUGGUUACGAGUGAUGGUAAUGAUCAACUUCAGUGUUUUGACUAUUUGAUAUUGACAUGUUUGUGUGUUGCUUUUACUAGAAGAUGCAACUUCCUCAUAACUGGUUUGAAUCAGGAGCCAUUCUAUUUGGAUUUUAAGGUCAGAUACCAUAAAAAAGGCAGAAUUUCUUGGUGAUGCUGUGUUUGGCCUCAUCUGUAUAUGCCCUCCCCUUUUAAGGAAACUCUCGUCUGCAUUCAUAUAUAAUAAGAUUCUUUUUCUUUUUCAUGUAAACUGGCAAUCUCUGCCCUUUGUGCUCAAUUGUUUCCUUAAUGAAGCUUGAACUAAUUUCAUUUUA